AGACGAGCAGAUGUACCGCUGUGAGGACUGUGACGAGCUGUUCACCUCGCCCCUGGAGCUGCAGCGGCACCAGAAGUACUCUUGUUCCAGUGCCGGUUCCCUGUUCAACACUCUCAGCAAAGAGGACUUCAAGCAGGAGCGUGACGACAGCGACCACGAACCCGUCCACGAGUGCAAGGAUUGCGAGAAGAUCUUCCCCAACGAGUACAGGUGCAGCACACACACGCACAUAAGCGAGCACGCACGGACACACACAGUGGUACAUUUACCUCUACACUAAUGAUUUGAAGAGCAUCAUCAUCAUCAUCAUUAUCCUAAAUGACUGCGUAUGUGUCGUAUGUCUGUGCUCCUUGUCCAGUCUGGGCCAGCACAUGAUCGUGCACACAGAGGAGCGGGAGUACAAGUGUGACCAGUGUCCCAAGGCCUUCAACUGGAAGUCCAACCUCAUUCGCCACCAGAUGUCCCACGACAGCGGCAAGCGCUUCGAGUGUGAAAACUGCGAUAAGGUACAGCACACCCGGCACGUAAGUUGUGCGCAAAAACACAGGUUUCUUUCGCUACCUUGGUGAAUGCUGAUACUAGCCACAGUAGCGAAUUGACUGGGGAGAAAAUGAAUCCUGUAUGUACGUAGAAAAUAUGAUUUUAACCAUACGAUUUCGUGAUUAAGUUAGUGUAACGCAACCAUAAAUGCAAUUUAGUACCAACUUAAUCAUGUCGGUUUAUGCUAUGACUUGAAAAUGUUGUUACUUGCAGUUUAUUCAGCUUACUGGAUGUCUGGCCAUUAGUGCUGAGUGGUUAGUGCUUUUUGAGGUCGGUUCGGUUCCGGUUCGAUUAGAAGAAAAAAAUCCUGCAUUUCGGUUUUGAUAAUUUUUGUAAACAUGAAUUACAUUAUAAAAUAAUGACAUUACAAUGAUUUCAGAGCUUUUUAAUGGAAAUUCUAAAGCCAAAAAUAGUGAACAUUCAAUAGCCAAAAUAUUAAAAAUUCUUCCAUUGUACCUGUCAGGUCCACAUUGGGUAGACAUCAAUAUAAAUGUUUGAAAUUACUAUGAAAUAAUAAAAUAUUUCAGUUGUGUAUAUUCGUUUUUAUUUUACGACUUUAUUCAUUUUCAUUCCUUAAAGUCAUCAUCUCAUCUCUGCUCAGGCAAUAGCAGUCAGCCAGCCAGUUAUCUAUGUUCUCCCUGUACUGUCCUCCUUAAGGUGUAUGCAACCAUAAUUUGACAGCCAGCCAAAAUCCAAUCAAGAACUGAACCAGAGUCGGGGAUAGGCUUUCCAUAAACCUCCAGUUUUAUAGUUGAAACAGUGUGAAACUGUAACAAUACAAAAAAAUGAAAUUAUUGGAGCAGCUCAGACUAAAAGGCAAUAUUAAUGCACAACAGAGUCUAACCGAUGUUUCAUAGUCGAAUAGUGAACAAUACAAUACUUGACCAACACUGUACAUAGAAAACGUACGUAUCCUGCUUGAAUAUUGUUCUAAACAGGAUUAGUAUCUAAAUAACAUGUAAGCUAACUUAAGUGGGAAGAUAAAUAACAUGUAGAGAGAAGCUACCUGCAAAACAUCACUUAACAGGCAGACUAGGCUAGCGAGGGAAUACAUGUAAUCGAUUUACUUAAAAACUCAGAAUUAAAACAUGACCUGCAAGAAAUACUUAUAAUACUAAAAGAUGAACAUCUUAUUAUUUGUACUUAUGGGCAGGGGCGCAACUAGAAGUGGGGGGGACAUAUUUUUACAUUUACAUUUACGUCAUUUAGCAGACGCUCUUAUCCAGAGCGACUUACAAAUUGGUGCAUUCACCCUAUAGCCAGUGGGAUAACCACUUUACAAUUGUAUUUAUUUAUUUAUUUAUUUUAUUUUUUGGGGGGGGGUAGAAGGAUUACUUUAUCUUAUCCCAGGUAUUCCUUAAAGAGGUGGGGUUUCAAAUGUCUCCGGAAGGUGGUGAGUGACUCCGCUGUCCUGGCGUCGUGAGGGAGCUUGUUCCACCAUUGGGGUGCCAGAGCAGCGAACAGUUUUGACUGGGCUGAGCGGGAACUAUGCUUCCGCAGAGGAAGGGGAGCCAGCAGGCCAGAGGUGGAUGAACGCAAUGCCCUCGUUUGGGUGUAGGGACUGAUCAGAGCCUGAAGGUACGGAGGUGCCGUUCCCCUCACUGCUCCAUAGGCAAGCACCAUGGUCUUGUAACGGAUGCGAGCUUCAACUGGAAGCCAGUGGAGUGUGCGGAGGAGGGGGGUGACGUGAGAGAACUUGGGAAGGUUGAACACCAGACGGGCUGCGGCAUUCUGGAUGAGUUGUAGGGGUUUAAUGGCACAGGCAGGGAGCCCAGCCAACAGCGAGUUGCAGUAAUCCAGACGGGAGAUGACAAGUGCCUGAAUUAGGACCUGUACCGCUUCCUGUGUAAGGCAGGGUCGUACUCUCCGAAUGUUGUAGAGCAUGAACCUGCAGGAUCGGGUCACCGCCUUGAUGUUAGCGGAGAACGACAGGGUGUUGUCCAGGGUCACGCCAAGGCUCUUCGCACUCUGGGAGGAGGACACAACGGAGUUGUCAACCGUGAUGGCGAGAUCAUGGAACGGGCAGUCCUUCCCCGGGAGGAAGAGCAGCUCCGUCUUGCCAGGGUUCAGCUUGAGGUGGUGAUCCGUCAUCCAUACUGAUAUGUCUGCCAGACAUGCAGAGAUGCGAUUCGCCACCUGGUUAUCAGAAGGGGGAAAGGAGAAGAUUAGUUGUGUAUCGUCAGCGUAGCAAUGAUAGGAGAGGCCAUGUGAGGAUAUGACAGAGCCAAGUGACUUGGUGUAUAGGGAGAAAAGGAGAGGGCCUAGAACUGAGCCCUGGGGGACACCAGUGGUGAGAGCACGUGGUGCGGAGACAGCUUCUCGCCACGCCACUUGGUAGGAGCGACCGGUCAGGUAGGACGCAAUCCAGGAGUGAGCCGCGCCGGAGAUGCCCAGCUCGGAGAGGGUGGAGAGGAGGAUCUGAUGGUUCACAGUAUCAAAGGCAGCAGACAGGUCUAGAAGGACAAGAGCAGAGGAGAGAGAGUUAGCUUUAGCAGUGCGGAGAGCCUCCGUGACACAGAGAAGAGCAGUCUCAGUUGAAUGACCAGUCCUGAAACCUGACUGGUUUGGAUCAAGAAGGUCAUUCUGAGAGAGAUAGCAAGAGAGUUGGCUAAAGAUGGCACGCUCAAUAGUUUUGGAAAGAAAAGAAAGAAGGGAUACUGGUCUGUAGUUGUUGACAUCAGUGGGAUCGAGUGUUGGUUUUUUGAGAAGGGGAGCAACUCUCGCUCUCUUGAAGACGGAAGGGACAUAGCCAGCGGUCAAGGAUGAGUUGAUCAGCGAGGUGAGGUAGGGGAGAAGGUCACCGGAGAUGGUCUGGAGAAGAGAGGAGGGGAUGGGGUCAAGCGGGCAGGUUGUUGGGCGGCCUGCAGUCACUAGUCGCAAUAUUUUAUCUGGAGAGAGAGGGGAGAAAGAAGUCAAAGCAUAGGGUAGGGCAGUGUGAGCAGGACCAGCAGUGUCAUUAGACAUAACAAACGAGGAUCGGAUGUCGUCAACCUUCUUUUCAAAGUGGUUGACGAAGUCAUCCACAGAGAGGGAGGAGGGGGGGGGGUGGGGGGGAGGAUUCAGCAGUGAGGAGAAUGUGGCAAAGAGCUUCCUAGGGUUAGAGGCAGAUGCUUGGAAUUUAGAGUGGUAGAAAGUGGCCUUAGCAGCAGAAACAGAUGAAGAAAAUGUAGAGAGGAGGGAGUGAAAAGAUGCCAGGUCGGCAGGGAGUUUAGUUUUCUUCCAUUUCCGCUCAGCUGCCCGGAGCUCUGUUCUGUGAGCUCGCAAUGAGUCAUCAAGCCACGGAGCUGGAGGGGAGGACCGAGCCGGCCGGGAGGAUAGGGGACACAGGGAGUCAAAGGAUGCAGAAAGGGAGGAGAGGAGGGUUGAGGAGGCAGAAUCAGGAGAUUGGAGGGAGAAGGAUUGAGCAGAGGGAAGAGAUGAUAGGAUGGAAGAGGAGAGAGUAGUGGGAGAGAGAGAGCGAAGGUUGCGGCGGCGCGUUUUUGUAUUUUAUUUUAUCCAGUCGGAUAAACACUCCAAACAGCCUACCUAACCGCUCGGAGGCGUCUGCGUGGUCCUAAAGCACACCGUCCUCGUUUUGUAUCACAUUCCAAUGAUAAAACUAGGGGGGACAAAAAUGCCAUUUCAGAAUGUGGGAAGUUGUGCCCCUUCUUACAGGCAAUGCUUUAAGAAGGCUUAACAAGAAGGAUGGCAGAAGAUAAACAGCAGUAUUAUGCUGCUCUUUUCCAAUAAUGAGGCUGAACUGCAUACUUUUCUAUUUCCUGUUUACCACCAACAAAGAAGUAGCACAGCAUAGUCCAUGCUAGCUGCGGCUACACAAAACAGCCACAGGACGGCGCCAAAUCAAAAGGCGCUUGGCCAAAAGAAUAGAAGGCAGAAUACCCCCAUACUGUGUUCUGUCUUUCGUCAUCCAUUUAGCUAGCCUAGCUGUUUGACAAAAUCAUUUUACUAGUUUUUCAAAGUGCACUGAACAAAAAUAGAAACGCAACAUGUAACAAUGUCAAAGAUGUUACUGAGUUACAGUUCAUAUAAGGAAAUCAGUCAAUUGAAAUAAAUUCAAUAGGCCCUAAUCUAUGGAUUUCAUAUGACUGGGAAUACAGGUAUGCAUCUGUUGGUCACAGAUACCUUAAAAAAAAGGUAGGGGCGUGGAUCAGAAAGCCAGUCAGUAUCUGGUGUGACCACCAUUUGCCUCAUGCAGCACGACGCAUCUCCUUCACAUAGAGUUGAUUAGGCUGUUGAUUAUGGCCUGUACUCUUCGAUAGCUGUGCGAAGUUACUGGAUAUUGGCAGGAACUGUAACACGCUGUCGUACACGUCCAUCCAGAGCAUCCCAAACAUGCUCAAUGGGUGACAUGUCUGGUGAGUAUACAAAAUGUUCAGCUUCCAGGAAUUGAUUGCAGAUCUUUGCAACAUGGGGCCGUGCAUUAUCAUGCUGAAACAUGAGGUCAUGUUGCAUUUAAAUUAUAUUUUUGUUCAGGCAUACUUUCGCGAACUGUCUCUGUCCCUCUCGUCGUUGUGUUAUGUACAUUCCGCUCUCAUGCGGUCUAUGCAAUCUGUGUGUAUCUAGCCUAAUGUUGAUGGCGUAUGACGAGAUGCUCAUGUCUUCGCCCUAACAAUAGAGUCAUUGUCCCAAAGGCGGGAAGAAGGUUUAGGUCCAAAAUAAGCCCAUAGAAACGCAUUGGGCUUAUUUUGGACAGAUUUUGGCGAGAGUGAAACCUCUCACUUCGCCUCUUCCUCUCUGACCCGCCUCUUGUUUGAGCCAGAAAAAAUUGACGCAAUGAAUUAUGGUCAUUGUAGUUAAUUACCAUGUUUCUGCGCUGAAAUAGGUUCAAUAUUUGGCUUAAUGAAAACUACAACUAUCUUCAGCACAGCGUCCCACAUAUAGUUCUUGACUUCUCUCGUGAAUUAUUUGAUUUCUCUCUAGACAACAAAAACAAACUAAAUGGAAUUCAAGGAAUUUGACCUACGUCGGUCAAUUAGUUGUUUAAUAACCCCCCAAAAAAGUAAUUGCUCAGCACUACUGGCCAUAAAGUUAGUUGUUGGUGACUGUAACCACCAUCACAAAGGCCAUUCAUGGGAAGCUGGCAUAGACUGAGUUCGAUCGUCAGAUUUUGUGUUGUCUAUUAUUCCAGUAUAAGCUUUUUUAAUCAGUAGUAUAUAUUUUUUUUAAGCGUCAACACACAGUGAUCGGAUGACUGCGAUUGCUGACCAUAAUUGUUUUAUAUAUUUGUGUGUAUGCGUGUGUGUGUGUGUGUGUGUGUGUAUGUGUGUGUGUGUGUGUGUGUGUGUGUCAAUGUAAAUGUCUCUGCCACCCCCCUACACCACAGGUGUUCACGGACCCCAGCAACCUGCAGCGCCACAUCCGCUCGCAGCACGUAGGGGCGCGCGCUCACACCUGCCCCGAGUGUGGCAAAACCUUCGCCACCUCCUCAGGCCUAAAGCAGCACAAGCACAUUCACAGCAGUGUCAAGCCCUUCAUCUGUAAGUCUCAGUCUCUGCAACCCAAGCCGACAUGGCCUAGCCAACCCACAUCUAGUUCUACCUCCCCGUGUCCAAAGGCUUCCUCCUCAUCCUCCUCCUCUUCCUCCUCCCUCCAUCUCUCUCCAACCCCAGGCAGGGCCAGUGACAGUAGCAGACACAAUCCCAUAGGUCAGAGACAAUUCCAUGACCCCAUCCCUUCUUCAGCCGCCAUUUUGUUUUCUAUUUUUCCCGCCUUUUUUCUUGUUUUUGUUAUCCUCCCCCAUUCCCCCCUCAGUGCCUCUCCUCCUCUUUUUGUUGUAUGGAUAACACUUUAUUUUGAUAGUCCAGCUCAUUAAGUUGGAUAGAGGGUGCAUUUGCAAUGAUAAAGAUAGGAAGUGGGCCCUCUUUCCAACUCUAUGGUCCCUCUGCAGCUGAUAUGUUACUGAUUUGUUGGGCAUCUUUAGUGGGACUUUAAAAGAAGUGCUACUUUGUGUGUUCCUUUUUUUGUUUGUUUUACUUCUUUCCUGUGUGGAUAGAGGGUGCACUUGCAAUGACAAAGAUUUUUUCCUUCUGAGGUGGGUAAAAUGGGUUUUUCGUAGGCACGGGCAGAUUUGAUAUAAACGUGGAUCAACAGUAUCUGCUUCAGCUCCCCGCUAAAGGAUGCUGGAAGCCAUGAUACCUUACCUUGUCUUCACGCUCUCAACUUUCUGCUUUGCUUUUCUGUUUGCACCCAUGUGUGCGUAUGUGUGUAUAUGCUUAUAUACAUGUACAGUACCAGUCAAAAUUUUGGACACACCUACUCAUUCCAGGGUUUUUCUUUAUUUUUUCUAUUUUCUACAUUGUAGAAUAAUAGUUAAGACAUCAAAACUAUGAAAUAUCACAUAUGGAAUCAUGUAGUAACCAAAAAAGUGUUAAACAAAUCAAAUAUAUUUGAGAAUCUUCAAAUAGCCACCCUUUGUCUUGAUGACAGCUUUGCACACUCUUGGCAUUCUCUCAACAAGCUUAACCUGGAAUGCUUUUCCAACAGUCUUGAAGGAGUUCCCACAUAUGCUGAGCACUUGUUGGCUGCUUGAGAAGGUGUGUCCAAACUUUUGACUGGUAGUGUAUAUGUACAGUAUGUAUUCAAGCAACACUUUAUAGAACAUAUGGUGAAAAUGAUCAGCUUAACCGUAGGUUGCCCACUGUGGACAUAUGGUAGUUAUUUUGCCAGUCAUAGUGAUUCAAUGGUUAAUAAAAUGUUGACACUGGGUUUCACCAAAAGCAUGCACGAUUUGCGAUUUGUAUAGAUACAGCCUUUAGACAAAAAGGCAGAAUGUACAUGUAUACUGAGUGUACGAACAUUAAGAACACCUGCUUUUUCCAUGACAUACACUGACCAGGUGAAUCCAGGUGAAAGCUAUGAUCCCUUAUUGAUGUCACCUUCAAUCAGUGUAGAUGAAGGGGAGCAGACAGGUAAAAAAAAUAUGAGACAAUUGAGACAUUGAUUGUGUAUGUGUGCCAUUCAGAGUGUGAAUGGGCAAGACAAAAGAUUUAAGUGCCUUUGAACGGUGUAUGGUAGUAGGUAGGUGGGUGGGGGGGGUGCAACUCAAAAUUAGGAAGGUGAUCUUAAUGGUUUGUACACUGUGUAUAUUAUUUCUAAGUAGCCUAGUGUUGUAUCUGUGUUAACUGUUGACUUUGUACUCUGAGUUAGUGACAGUGUUUAAAUGGGCUUAACCAGGCCCGUGUGGGCUGUGUGUCUCCCCAGGCGAGGUGUGCCACAAGUCCUACACGCAGUUCUCCAACCUGUGCCGCCACAAGCGCAUGCACGCCGACUGCCGCACCAAGAUCAAGUGCAAGGAAUGUGGCCAGAUGUUCAGCACUACUUCCUCCCUCAACAAGCACCGGCGCUUCUGUGAGGGCAAGAACCAUUAUGGCCCUACCGGGGUCCUGUUCGCUCCCGGCAUCCCCAUGAGCAGCUCGAUCCUGGCCAGGUCCCACCCCCACCACCACCAACCGGGCCUCAACCACUCGGGUCUGGCCUUCCCUGACUACUUCCCCUCCCGGCCCCACCUUCACGCCAGCCUGCCCUUCUCCCCCGGGCCGCAUGGCUUCCCCUCGCUCUCCCAUGGCUUCCCAGGCCUCUUCGCCCCCUCGCUCUACCCUCGGCCGCCCUCACUGCCCCCCAGCCCACUUCUGAAGAGCCCCCUGGGCAACAACAGUAACAACGGUGGGAGCCAGGAGGGCAAGCUGCCCCACAGCCCCCUGGACGGUCCUCCACUGUCUCUGAUCAACUCCAUCAUCAACAACAACAACAAUGGAGGAGAUAGUCUCCUCAGCAGCCAGGAGAGGGAGGACAAAGAGAGGCUGGAGCUGGCGUACAGCGAGGUCAAGGCCAAAGCCAAGAUGUCGGAGGUGUCGGACGGCAGCGACCUGGAGGACGUCAACACCACCAGCGGCACCGACCUGGACACCACCACCGGCACCGCCUCGGGUUCAGACUUAGACAGCGACGCCGAGAGCGAGCGGGAACAACGGGAGCGGCUCAGCGGCACCAAGAGAAGGAAGGAGGCGGGCGUUGGAGGGGCGGGGGGGACAGAAAGUGCGGGUCAGGAUUGGCGGCCGGAUGACGUGAGCAGCGGCUCAGUGUCGGCGGUGUCCAGCUCGGUCAACCUGGCUUGCGAGCGGCCCUCCUUCCUCUCGGUCGCCUCCCAGCACUCCUUCUUUCCACCUCCGGAUGAGCAGGCGCUGCCCCCCACAAGAGGCACCACUGCCACCGACUCCAUCAAGGCCAUCGCUUCCAUCGCCGAGAAGUACUUUGGCCCUGGUCUCAUGGGCCUGCAAGAGAAGAAGAUGGGCUCGCUGCCCUGCCAUUCCAUGUUCCCCUUCCAGUUCCUACCCAACUUCCCUCACUCCCUCUACCCCUUCGCCGAGCGGGCCGGUGCCCUCAACCCUGGCAUGUUCUUCAAGUCUGAGCCCAAGUCACCUCAUGUGCAACAUCCGCCACCCCACAAAAUGGCUGCCCCUCGCACCGGAGAGCCAACACCCUUCGACCUCACCACCAAGCCCAAGAAGGCCAAGCCGACACCGCCGCCCCCCGCCAUGCCGACCCCACCCAGCGGUAGCAGCAACCCCCCCCUCAUUCUCCCAGGGGAUGAGGAGCAGCCGCUGGACCUGAGCAUCGGCAGCCGCAGACGGGAUGGGCACAACGGGGUGGUGGCCCCUGAGCAGCCGUCCAGCCGCAAGAACCAUCACAAGGAGGAGCACCCCGGCAGACACCCGCACCCACACACCCAGCACCCCCAGGGCCAGCCGCCCCAGCCGCAGCAGCCCUCCCUGCAUUACGCCAAGCCCUCGUCCUUCUUCAUGGACCCAAUAUACAGGUAUUUCAGCCCGAGGAGGCCAGAGUCCUUACCAGACACUGCAUGUAGAUAA